AUGAGGGCGCCUAUCGUGGUCGCUGCCGAAUACCGCGGCAAAGCUGUCGUGCUCGCGGGACGCUGCGAGUGCUUGUACGCACUCGAAGCGACAAGACUUCUUGGUAACAGACCAUUGCCGAGAGUGAAAGAUCUUAUGGAUUACCUUGCGGGCGGUAUGGAAAUCCUGUUACCGCAGCCUGAAGUAAUUGACACGGGUGUCAUGGUCGGCCGUCUCGUGACAUACGACCAGGGUAGUCUCCAUGGGCUGUUGACUUGCAGAGGAAAGACUGAGGACUCUCAAGAGAACCUGCCGCCCAGGGCUAGAUUCAACUUCGGGCUCUAUGGGGACAAUGUCGAACGUAGAAGGUGA